ACUGUGCUCGCUUUAUGAGGCCGGGCGCCUCAUCGGCCAAGAUUGACACUACUUUCUUACAUGUGGACUGUUUCGUGAUUGAUUAUCUCGUGUUCUCUAAUGCGCAAGGCAGGACCGUUUUCUUCCGUUUCUUAUACACCGUGCGCCCAGAUUAUAUCUAGUCCUCUGAUUGUUUGAUGUUGGUUGUGGGACCCUGCCGAUCGAGUGCAUCCUGACCAUGGUCGCUCCAAGGAAUACCGCGUAUGCGGAGGAGAGCGCCGAGGUGGAAGUGCUGUAUGCCAACCUCGAGAAGCUCAAGGUCCUGACCAAGAAAAUCCAAGGCUCCAUGGUGCGCCUUGAGACCGGCGGCAACGUUGUGAAGCAUGCCAUCGGCCCCAUUUACAGCAAUACGCAAUCUCUUCAGAUCACCAACAACAAUAUAGAUAAGGUCAACGAAGCCAUCGAUCGUCUUCGCCAACCGCUCGAUGCGAAAAACCGGGAAGAAGACAUUAUUCGCGCUGGACCCCAGAGUGUCGAACUGUCGCAGUACCUCUCGGCUAUGAAUCGCGUGGGAAAGGCCCUAACGGAUCUCAACUCUACAAACCUGCGGUCGAACCAGAAGGCUAUCGCCGAUUUCUCCUCGUUGUUAAAUACCGGCACCACCAAGCUCCAGGACUUGUUCCGCGGCAAGUUGAGCCAGUAUGUCAGUGCUAUCGAGCCGUUACAUUAUUUGACAAAAGAUCUUCCAUUCCCAACGCUUCCUGAAGAGAUAAUCGCGGAGUUGGGUCCUAUAUGCAAUGCGAUCGGCGCUGCGGCAGCUCAUGGCCCUCAACGUAGCGAUGGAGGAAACCCUGCCCUCAAAAUAUAUGCCGAGAUCCGUGCGACCUACGUCACUUCCAGCCUGCAGAACCUUGCCAUCGCAUCUCUGAAUACUGUCAAGCGCAGAGCCACGGACGGCCCUUACAAACAAGGCACAAAUGGAAUCGGUAUUUAUUCCAAUGCUUUGGAAGGCUUUAUAUACGCCGAACACGACAUAAUCUCGCAGAUUUUCACCGGCGCUCAGCGGGGACUGGCUCUCCAGGCUACAUGUCGGCCUGCGUUGGCCGAAUACUCGAAAACCCUUCGUGAACUCAACCACUACAUCCGGGCGAACCUGAUGACCGAUUGUUUUCUCGCAUUUGAGAUCAUUGAGAUCGUGACGGCCAUAUCAUACCGGGUCGAGUCUAAGACGGGGGAACUCAAGAGUCUGUUUAUAGAAGCUCUGAGGCCCGUACGUGAAACGGCCAAAUCGUCUCUUGCUGAAUUACUAGAGGAGACCAAACGCAAGGCCAACAAUAUCGCGGUUCUUCCGCCGGACGGCGGCUCCGUGCCUCUUGUUAAUGAAGUCAUGAGCGCGCUCACUACCUUGACUGGAUACUCGGGGCCCCUCGCUUCGAUUCUAACCUCCCUAGGCGAUGGUAACUGGCGUUCGACGUCCAAUUCGUCCGGUGCGCCCUUGGACGUUAGCCCGGAUAGUUCCACGCUGCUCACGCACUUCAUCCUUGAUAUGGUCGAGGCCCUUAUGAUCGCACUGGAGUCUCGAGGCCGGGCAUUCCAUCGGACGAAGGCUGUUCAGGGUGUCUUCCUGUCGAACGUCUUCUACAAUGUCGACCGGAGCAUCCGUCACAGUUCCGACCUGGCUCGAUUACUCGGCUCUCCGGACAGCAUUGCGCGGGUAGACACGUUCCGGAAACGCGCCAUCUCGACCUAUCUGGACGCAUGGAAGGAGACUUCGCAUUUCCUCCUUGAUGUGCAAUAUACGUCUCGGGGCGCAAGCGGCUCAGCUCGGCCGGCCUCUGGGGGAGCGGUGGACUCCAUUGCCAUCGUCAAAUCUCUCUCAUCUAAGGACAAGGAUGCAAUCAAAGACAAAUUCAAGGCGUUCAAUGCAAGCUUUGACGAGAUGUUGGCCCGCCACAAGGGCCUGUAUAUGGAGCGUGAAGUGCGUGCCGUGCUUGCCCGCGAAAUCCAGGCCGUGCUUGAGCCUCUAUAUGCCCGCUUCUACGACCGGUACCAUGAGAUAGACAAAGGACGGGGCAAAUACGUCAAGUAUGACAAGGGCAGCCUCUCGGCGCAGCUGGCGGCCCUGUCGUGAGAGCCAUGGACAUAGAGUCGGGGGAUACGGAGGGACGUGGAUGCAUCGGAUGGAACUCCAUAGGUUUAAUAUGAUAAUAUAGUAAUGUCCGUUUCC